AUGGCUGAGGAGGAAUUUGAGAUCGAUAUUUACGGUGAUGCGCCCCAGGAUCACCAAGAUGGUAACAAUGAGGCAUAUGAUGGGCAGCAAGCCAAUGGGCAUGUCGACGACCACCCUGACGAACAGAAGCAAGACCACCAAGAAGAGUACCACGAACAAAACGAGCACCAAGACCAGCAAGAUGCGACUGCCCCUCAGCAAGGUGUCAAGAGAAAAGGUGAUGAUCGACUGGUCGAUCCUGGCGCGACGACAGCCAUUAUGAUCUCGGACCUCAACUGGUGGAACACCGAUGACGACAUUAGGGGGUGGUGCAGGGAAGCCCACUGCGAGGAUGAGCUCAAGGACAUAACGUUUAGUGAACACAAGGUCAACGGCAAGAGCAAGGGCCAAGUCUACGUCGAGUUCGCAUCGCAACAAGCAGCAACAGCUGCCAAACACGCCAUAGAGUCAACAGACGGCGCCCAGGGCGUUCCUAAGAAGCACAAUGUCACCUACUCGAAUCCAAAUGUUAACCCGUUCCGUACGCUGCCUAAGGACGCACCGAACCGAGCGGGCAAGGAUCAGAACAGUCGACCUGGUGGUAAUUAUAAUAACCAAGCGUCUUCAAUGGGUGGCGAGUUCCGUGGAAACGGGUACCGCGGUCGUGGUGGCUUCAACGGACCCCGUGGAGGAGGCAUGAACCAAGGCGGCUUCAACCGCAACUUCUCGGGCGGCAUGGGCGGCGGCUUUAACAACAACAUGGGCGGUGGCUUCAACAAUGGUAUGGGAGGCGGCAAUUUUGGAGGCGGUGGCUUUCAACGGGGCGGUGGCUUCGGCGGAGGCAUGCGCGGCGGCCCCGGGAUGCGCGGUGGCCGGGGUGGUAUGAACAACCCGAUGGGCGGCAUGGGCAUGGGCCCGAUGGGUGGCAUGCAGAUGGGAGGCAUGCCGAACAUGAACAUGAUGGGCGGCGGUAUGCCUGGAUAUGGCAUGCCGCAACAGUUCAAUCCGGCUUUCUUCGGUGGAAACCAAGGCGGUGGCAACGACUGGGGCAACCCUCACGGUGCGAAACGACCCCGUCCGGAGUAG